UGUCCUUGCGCAAGUGAAAUGUUGCAGUUGUGUUACACCGGCGCUACAGACGAAUGCACUCUAUCCAGAUCCCUCUCUUUAUUGACUUAUCCCAUUUGAACUAUUACCACAGUAUUCGACUGACAAAUAUGAUAAGUGGAUAUUAUGAAGCACAGAUCGAUCACUGCCACUGCAAUGCACUGCAAUGAACAGUACCGUCCUGGAUUGGCAAAUGUCCUCCUCCAGGCAGUGACAAAAUUUGUCCGGGGGCGAGGGGAGACAGGUACUGGUGGAAUUGACUGAUGCAUUAUAUCAGUUCCACUGCCAUCGUGUCCUUUUAAAUUGGGGUCAGGUUAUUGUGAAGAGAACAAUGUUUGCAAAGACCUCAAAAUUAACGCUAAUUAAAAUAGUCAUUGAUUUUUGCUUGGCCUUAUGCGUCUAAAUCUUUGACGUCAUUGGGUGAGGCAGAUGGCGUGACAUCCAUGAUACACCUUACUUGAAAAUAUUGGCAAUGCACGGUCACUGAGGUGAGAAAAGGGUCGAAGAAAAAAAUACACAGCAGCACUGAACAACGGAUAAACACUCUUCGAUAUGCAGGUAGUUAAAUUUCGUACUUAUUUCUUGACCGUGACGUGUGCCGUCCUUUUGGUAUCGAAGACAACCCUAGCUGAAGUCAAUGAGGACAAACUUUCCCCCGUUGUUCAGACCGAGUCCGGGGCAAUUGUUGGCACGGUUGAGACUCUUCCACACGGCAAAACAGCACACCAGUAUCUUGGUAUCCCAUAUGCUGAACCUCCGGUCGGAGACUUAAGGUUUGCAGACCCAAAGCCGGUUAAACCUUGGUCAGGAACAAAACAAACCACAGAGUACGGAGCCUCGUGUAUGCAGAGCCGAUUGCCUAUUCCUGGUGCACCUACAGGUAAUGUAUAUGUGUGUUUGUGUGUGUACGUGUAUAUGGAUCUCUUCGAUAUGCAGGUAGUUAAAUUUCGUACUUAUUUCUUGACCGUGACGUGUGCCGUCCUUUUGGUAUCGAAGACAACCCUAGCUGAAGUCAAUGAGGACAAACUUUCCCCCGUUGUUCAGACCGAGUCCGGGGCAAUUGUUGGCACGGUUGAGACUCUUCCACACGGCAAAACAGCACACCAGUAUCUUGGUAUCCCAUAUGCUGAACCUCCGGUCGGAGACUUAAGGUUUGCAGACCCAAAGCCGGUUAAACCUUGGUCAGGAACAAAACAAACCACAGAGUACGGAGCCUCGUGUAUGCAGAGCCGAUUGCCUAUUCCUGGUGCACCUACAGUGAAGCUCAGAGAGGACUGCCUUUUCCUCAACGUAUUUGUCCCGUCAGCAAUAAAGCCCGAUGUCAAACUAGCGGUCAUGGUGUGGAUUCAUGGAGGGGGAUUCAUCAUAAGCUCUUCCACAAAUUUCCCCGGGGGAGUCAUGGCCACCUUCAAUGACGUCAUCAUUGUGACAGUCAACUAUCGCCUGGGAGUACUUGGCUUUUUUAACAUCCCUGGCACUGAUUACAAAGGAAAUUUUGGCAUGAUGGAUCAGGUGCUGGCAUUAAAGUGGGUUCAAGCCAACAUUGCAAGUUUUGGUGGCGAUCCCAACAGAGUGACUAUAUUUGGUGAGAGCGCAGGAGGAGUGGGUGUUUCUCUUCAUCUAGUAUCGCCAUUGUCCAAAGGUUUGUUCCACAGAGCCAUAAUACAAAGCGGUGCAGCCUCGUCUCCUUUAUUCUGUGGAAAGGUUACUAACACAGCUCAGGUAGAGUUGUUCACCAAACUUACAAACUGUACCUUGGGACGAAAUCAUGUCGAGUGUCUUCGUGGCAAAACUGCUGAGGAAAUUACGACAGCACAGAGCGACUUGACGUAUCCUAAUGUUGACGAACCUUCACAAGAUUUAUUAGCGCCUACAGUUGAUGGCCACUUUUUACCAGAUCUGCCAGAAACCCUGUUCAAGGCAGGUCAGUUCCACCCUAAUAUUGAUGUUAUCACUGGUGUCAACUCCAACGAAGGUGCCUUGUAUGCAAUGCCAAUGAUAACCCAGCUCAAAGAUGGAAUGGACCGACUCAUGUUUGAAUCUUUCACAAAAAAGCAGUUGCUUUAUGGUCGAGAGAAGAGCAAGAUUCUCGAAGAAUUGAUUUUUCACGAGUACACAAACCAUGAAGAUCCAAAUGACAAAAUUGCUGUUCGCCAGUUGAUGAUGGACAGUGUUAGUCAUUCAGAUUUUGUUGCACCCACCUUGCUCGAGGCCAACGCUUUGGCAAAGGGAGGACAAGCAACAUACGUUUAUGUGUUCGACCACAGACCAGUCUAUUCACCUAUGCCUGACUGGAUUGGCGUGGCGCAUGGCAUUGAGAUCGGAUUUGUGCUUGGUGCACCUUUCAGCAACAUACCUGAGCCAGUCUUGAACAUGAUGGUUGCGAAGUACUCCGAGAUAGAAAAGGGGCUGAGUCUUUAUAUCAUGAAACUAUGGACGGACUUUGCCAAAUACGGAUCUCCAAAUCCACCCGACUCUGGUCCUUUGCCAGUCACAUGGCCGAAGUUUACAGAACAAGAACAGGAAUAUCUUGUCCUCGAUGUGAAACCGAGGGUGGAGAGCAGGUACCAAGCCGAGAAAGUUGCAUUUUGGAACGAAAUUGUCCCCAAAAUUCUAGAGCUUGCGAAGACGGAGAAAAACAAAACUGAAGAAAAGGCGCCAAAGGAUGAGCUACAUCGAGUCUUAUUGUUGAGGAGGGAAUACAGGUAUAGUCACGCAACAGUAAUGAAGAUCAGGAAAACAUUCUUUAAUAUGAAGUUAGAUCCAUUCCGAUUUUUUUGCGUGACCGUGAUCUGUGCUGUCCUUUUUGCAUCUAAUUUAACACGAGCUGAACUCGACGAGAGCCAUCGUUCUCCUGUUGUGCAAACCGACUCCGGUGCAGUGGUUGGCAAGGUCCAGAAUCUUCCACACGGCAAAUCAGUGCACGAGUACCUUGGUAUCCCGUAUGCAGAACCUCCGGUCGAAGAAUUGAGGUUUGUAGCUCCGAAACCUGUCAAACCUUGGUCUGGAAUAAAAAGCCCUUUGCAAUUGCAGGUGCUGGCAUUAAAGUGGGUCCAAGCCAACAUUGCAAGUUUUGGCGGCGAUCCCAACAAAGUGACCAUAUUUGGCGAGAGCGCGGGGGGAAUGAGUGUUUCUCUUCAUUUAGUGUCGCCAUUGUCCAAAGGUUUGUUCCACAGAGCCAUAAUGCAGAGCGGUGCAGCGUCCACGCCUCUUUACUGUGGAAAAGUUGUUAAAACAGUGCAGUUAGAGUUGUUUGCCAAACUUACGAACUGUCCCUUGGGACCAAAUCAUGUAGAAUGCGUGCGCGGCAAGACUGCUGAGGAAAUUCUCAGGCUGCAAAGGGGUUUGACGCUUCCUUACUACGCAGGCACACAAGAUAUAGCAGGACCUACAGUUGAUGGCUACUUUUUACCAGAUCUACCGGAAACUCUGUAUAAAACAGGUCAAUUCCACCCUGAUGUUGAUGUUAUAACUGGUUUUAGCUCCAACGAAGGCGCCUUGUUUGCAAUGAUAAUGCCACCUGAACUCGUGAAAGAUGGAAUGGAACCAAACACGUUUAAAUCAUUUAUUAAUGGUGGGUUCGUUUAUGGUCGAGAGAAGAGCAAGGCCCUCGAAGAAUUGAUUUUUCUUGAGUACACCAACCAUGAAGAUCCAAAUGACAAAAUUGCUGUUCGCCAGUCGAUGAUGGACAGUGUCGGCCAUUCAAAUUUUGUUGCACCCACCUUGCUCGAGGCCAACGCUUUGGCAAAGGUAAAAAAUACAACCGACAUAUAUAACGAUUGGGUUAUCCAUUGUUUGGCCCAGCCUAAAAUCACUUUAGUUAGCAGAGAUAUCGCUCAGGAAAUACUAGGAGAUAAUCAUGAUGUCUAUUUUCCUUUCAAUGUUAAACAGGGAGGACGACCACCUUAUGUAUAUGUGUUCGAUCACAGACCAGUCUAUUCACGCAUACCUGACUGGACGGGCGUGGUGCAUGCUAUGGACGUUGGAUUUGUGUUUGGUGCACCUUUCAAGAACAUACAAGACCCAUUUGUAAAUAUGAUGGCGAUGAAGUACUCGGAGAUAGAAAAGGGGCUGAGCCUUUAUAUCAUGAAACUGUGGACGGACUUUGCCAAAUAUGGGUCACCAAAUCCACCAGAAUCUGGUCCUUUGCCAGUCACGUGGCCUAAGUUUACAGAACAGGAGCAGGAAUAUCUCGUCCUGGAUGUGAAACCGAGAGUGGAGAGCAGGUACCAAGCCGAAAAAAUUGCAUUUUGGAACGAAGUUCUUCCUAAACUGGCCGAGGUUUUGCAAACGAAGAAAAAGAAAAAUGGCGAGGAGACGCCAAAGGAUGAGCUGUAAACACACACGAAAACGUUGCAGUGGAAUUCCCUUUAUUUGCACCUAUAUUUACAUUUUAUAUCUAUCUUUUACAUUGAAUGAGUAAACCUUCUUUCUCUCUCCAGGUCCCUUUCCCUUACCAACGUUUUUUCUUGACCGCCGUGUAAGACAUUAGGGAGCUUAAGUAACGACGACGUCGACGCCGAGGACAACGCCUAGUAAAAAAUGAAUUUAUAUUUUACCAGCGAAAUUCGCUAUUGUCUCGAUCUGUUUGGUGCGCCAAUGGCUCUAAAAAUGUGCUCAAGCUAAAUAU